GCACUGUUUAUGUUCCGGGUUUAGGUGCUACAGAAACAGUGGUUCUCCUAGCUCAGGAGGACGUUGCUGAAACUACGACCACUCAUUGUCUGUAGAAUGGAAUUCGUGUUUUUUUUUUUUGUCAUCAUUGGUGUUAUGCAUAUUAAUUUAAAGUAGAAAAUGAAAAUGGUACCUUCGUUGAAAGUUCCUCAAAGAUACGGCCAGCUUUGCAGAAAACACUUGCAGAGUAAAGGUGCCUUGGACCUGAGAUACAGCAUACAGAAGCACUCGGAUGGAACAGUGACCUUGCCAAUCGUGCCAUCCUCAUUGCCACAGCUGGAUCUAUCAACUCUUCAGUGCAGUGUGGCCCACGGUAGCAUGUGUGAAAUUGUGCAAAUCCAGGCCCAGCCAUCCAAGAAGGAAAAAGCAAAGUGUUGUAGUGAGAAACUUGUUGAGGCUCUACAGGAUCAGCUGUCAUCUCAUGGAGUCCGCUGGAAUGAGGAUCUGAAGAGUGACCUACCUCAAAGCUGGCAGCGCCAUGGAGAUUUGGUUGUUAUCGGAGAAAACUGCUUCACUCUACCUGCAUGGAAAAAUAUAGGAAUAGAGUUGUGGUCUACAGUUGCUCAUGGCCUGGGUGCAAAGCGCCUGGCACAAAUUAAACAGAUCUCAAAGGAUUGCUUCAGAACUCCACUAGUGAUCAUGUUGCUGGGAGACAGCCAUGUUACACAUGUGGACAAUAAGAUAAGGUAUGAGUUUGACAUUACCAAGUGUAUGUUCUCAUUUGGGAAUAUCACUGAGAAACUGAGAAUAGCCUCUUUCAACUGCAGCGGAGAAACUGUUGUGGAUCUGUAUGCAGGUAUUGGAUAUUUCACCCUUCCUUACCUGGUGCACGCAGGUGCUGCUCACGUCCAUGCGUGUGAGUGGAACCCAGAUGCUGUGAAAGCUCUGAAGAGGAACCUGCAGUUAAACAAAGUGUCAGACCGCUGUACUGUCCACCAGGGAGAUAACAGAAAACUCCCCCUGGAGGACCUAGCAGACCGGGUUAAUCUGGGCCUCAUCCCCAGCUCAGAGGAGGGCUGGCCCGUGGCUUGCCGUCUGCUGAGGAGAGACACGGGUGGUGUCCUGCACAUCCACCAGAACGUCAGCUCGGCAGUGCCCAGCACAGACACCAGGCGUCAAGCUGCUCUGCCCGCCGCAGAUGAACAAAUCGCCGCUGAGGGGGAGAACAAGACGCGGGUUUCGCUGAACGCUCCCCGGGGCAGCCACAGAGACAGAGAAGCAUGGAGGACCUGGGCAGAGGACACAGCCACACGGUGUGCUAAACUAUUGACAGACUUGGCUGGAGGGGCGUGGAGGACUCGUAUUAUGCACAUUGAGCAUGUGAAGUCCUAUGCCCCACAUAUCCAUCAUAUAGUGCUUGAUUUAGAAUGUACACCACUGUGACAUGCUCGUUUUUCUGUAUCUGCACACUUACUAUAUGUCUAAUUGCAA